CAUUAGUCUUUCUUGUUUCAGGCAACAGUUUUGUACAAGUCUGUUGCUGAGAGGGGCCCCUGGAGCUCGAUGUCUAGGUGGGCUCUAGAAUCUUAUUUAAAAGGCGACAUAGGGAAGGCAUUGCUCUUAUAUUCUAGAAUGGCAGAUCUUGGGUACGAGGUUGCCCAAAGCAAUGCCGCCUGGAUUCUUGAUAGAUAUGGCGAUGAACAUAUUUGCAUGGGAGAAUCUGGCUUCUGUUCAGAUAUGGAAAGACAUCUCCGUGCACAUGCUUUGUGGUGGCAAGCAUCUGAGCAGGGUAAUGAGCAUGCUGCUCUGUUGAUUGGCGAUGCCUACUACUAUGGCCGGGGUGUAGGGAGGGACUAUGAGCGUGCAGCAGAGGCAUAUAUGCAUGCUCAAUCACAGUCUAAUGCCCAGGCCAUGUUUAACCUUGGGUACAUGCACGAGCACGGUCAUGGACUUCCCCUUGAUCUGCACUUGGCAAAAAGAUAUUAUGAUCAGGCUGUGGAGGUGGAUUCAGCAGCUAAGCUUCCUGUCAUGCUCGCACUAACUAGUCUAUGGAUAAGGAAAAACUAUGCUGGCAGUUUUAUGGUUAAUUUUAUCGACUCGCUGCCAGAGAUGUAUCCUGUAGUUGAGGAAUGGGUGGAAGAUGUCCUGAUGGAUGAAGGGAACGCAACAAUAUUGACUCUAUUUGCUUGCCUUGUAACUGUCCUGUACUUGAGAGAGCGUCAGAGGCGUCAAGUGGUUGCAGACAACCCCCAACAGCCUGACGGUGCACCCAACUAAUGCCAGAUGAGGGGGCCUAUGCAAUGUGAUUGGUUGAGGUACAUAUGGCUGUUUAUUCUCAGUUUUAGCGUCCAAGUUUUUGUUGAAAAGCGGGAAGUGAUGAAAUGAAAUGCUCAUACUGGACUGGAGUCCUACAAGCGUGGAAUGCUAAUGGCUUUCUGAGGACAAAGCGUGUAAAACCGUGGCCAAGCCUAGACAACAUUUGUAUACCAAACUGACUAGGAUAUGAACUGGGUCGUAGAUGUAUGAUAUUGAGAGAUGUUGUUGUUCCAGGUGAAAAUUCACCAUUCCUGACGUAGACAUGUGCCUGUAAAAGUGUUGAAGAGUUUUUAAGAGCGCUUGUGUUACUUGGAA